CGCAUGCUUGUCAAUACUUCGGAUAAUGUCAUUGCAUUGAUGCGGAAAUGAGUCCAAUGAGAUGAGCCGAGCGCGCAAACCCCCGCCGCAAUGGCAAACCUCCACCGUCGUGCCGGGGCAACUGUCUUUUCUCGCCAUCUACAGUCCUCUGCUGGGCUUCACCGAUGAAACGUUCAAGGAUCAAUUGGUCUUCUACUACUCCCGGGAAGCGCGUAGUACGACACGCAAGAAUGCCCGCAAUGAGGCGACGAGCGGUGAUCCAUCGCGCGAGGCGGAGAACGAGCGGCUGAGGCAAAUUGGCCUGGCGCAAGGCAUGGUUGAUUUCGCAAAGAGUUUCUCUGCUGGCGAGCCAGUUGAUUCGAUUGAGACGGAGAAGAGCCGAAUCGUGUUGCAUGAGUUGGAGCAGGGCUGGUGGAUUUUGGCGUCGAUUGAUCUCACAAGGCUGCCCGGCAUUUCAUCAUCCGCAUCGGAAACUGCGAAGACUACGACCGAUGCAGAGCAAGCCGCUCCUGCCGUGGAGUACUCCUCAAGAGAGAUCAGCCCGCCGGCAUUGUUAAUCCAGCAGUUGGUGCAAGGCCAUCAACUAUUUUCCCUGCAUCACGGGCCAUCCUUGAACGAGCUCUUCGUCCGCUUGAGCAGAGAGAAAUUCUGUGGCACCCUCGAUCGCUUCUGGUCCCGUUUCGCCCGAAGCUGGGACGUCUUGCUGCAUGGCAAUCCCGCAGCCGAUGUGUUCAACGGCGUCAAGCUCGCCAGUGGAGGUGAGCUUGGCUUUGGUGUUGGCGAGGAGGAAUGGGGGAGUGGAGAGCGAGAGGUACUCGAAGACCUUGCUCAUCGCACCGAAGGCCUGAUUGACCUGGUUGUUGCGAGAUAUGGCGAGCCCGCUUCUCCGCGGGAUGCGUCCACUUCGUCUACGGAUGAUGACGACAUGCCUUGGAUGGGCAGUGGCAACGAGGCAAAUGCGGCAGACGGGGUGAUCUUUGGAGGUAUUGGUGGCAUGCAGAGGCCGUCUCUGAGAACUGUGUCACAAUGGAUGCGGCUGAUCUACACGUACGGCGAGCAUGCCUACGGGGUCAAGGAUAACGCUCUGCGGGAAUCCCGAAAGCGACGAAGAUAUACGCCCGGCGAAUCGGAAUCAGUGAGAGACGUCAACGGUAAACCGUCGGAGGGAAAGCCGAAGAACGACAUCCAACCAAGUACCGACCAGCGACCACAGGCUUCACAGCACUCCAAUACCACGUCCGAAAGUGUCGCUGUUGAUGAUGGCCGACCGAACAUACCGCCACCAAUCGUCACAGCCGCGGAACGGGCUUUGGAAGACGCGACCCAGCGAGUUGAUCAACAGGAUGUGCCAGAAGCCGACACUGGCACAACACUGGGGAUCCCCGAUAAUUACAUGAAGUACCUCACAUUCGGACUCAGUACAUUUGCGAAGUCCAAGCCAACACCACCCACAAGUCCUGGACAAGCCAAGCCGCCGUCUUCUGUGAGACCCGCGCAGGUCAGAUCGGCGUCCUCCACAAGUCCGGGCCAAGCCAAGUCGACAUCCGCCAAAAGUCCUAGGCCGAAUAAGGCUCGAGGAGAGGAAGCUCCCAUGCUCACCCAUAUGGAUCCGCUUCCGGAAGGCGACGCAUUGAGAGCAAAAAUCGCAACGCAAAAGCGCCAAGAGAACUGCGGCCAUUUCGUCAUCGGUCUGAAAGGCGACCUGCUAGAACUGGACGAGCUGUCCGACGAUGACCAAACAGAGCUGUCAGACGACAGUUUCGGAGACGACACGGGAGGCUCUAGAAUCGUCCUACGCACUGUCCAGGUGGAACUGAGCAACCUCGUUGACGCGGCACAGAGCACCGACAACUUCCAAUCGCAGGAGACCUUCAAGCACUUCCGUCGAAUGCGAGUACUCAUCUACGUCCAUCGGCCAUUCAUGUACUGCUUCUUAUUCGAGGAUCGGACGCCAUCGCUACAGCUGGAUAAAUUCUACCGCUCCCUCCAUCGGAACCUGGUACCUAUCUACAGACCGCUGUUGUCUUCUACAAGCGCAUCAAAGGUGGCCCAGCGCAUUGCAAGUUCUGACACCACACCAUCGGAAGGCGACACCACCUCCUCACCCAUCUAUGACCUUAUCUACGACCCGCGACGAUUGACAGUACACACCAGCAUCCCCAAUAUCCCCGAACCCGGCACGCUCGCUGCGGAGGGCUUCUUCAGCAGUGGCCAAGAAGUAACGCCCGCAUUCACACGAGUCGACGCCAUCAACGUGCACACUCAAAUCCUCAACACCCUCGCCAGCACGCAGAGGAGACGAGGAGAGCUGGAGCGAAGCAGCAAGACCGCGCGCGGUUGGUGGGUGGUGUGGAUGCGGAUCCGCCCAUCAGGCGACCAGAAGAAGUCGAGCAAGCAGUCAGACGACGGCGAGGAAGAAGCAGAGGCAGAUUUUGAUCGAGUGGCAUUCCUCGUUCGCAAAGCAUUUGAUUCCCCUGCCACGCAGAAGUCGACGUCUACCGGAUCACGAGCAGUCAGUUCAAUGCUAGAAGUCAUGUCGUUGGGCAUGACGAGUCGAGAGCAAGACAGUACGGGCGGCGCAAGCGCGGGUUGGGGCCCUGCUGCGCUCGCCGGCGGGAUUGGGAUUGAUGCGCGGAAGUACGUGGAGGGAUUAUUGAGUUUGAACAGAUGAGCACAGAGACUUUGAGCACCGAAGAAAUGCCCGCUUGCUCGAACGUCUACAAAUACAGCGACUGCGCGGCGACAAUGUCUCGCCUGACUUUCAACAACGCCUCUUCGAACUUCU